AUGAAUAGGGAAGAUAAUCCUUCAAGUGGAUCCAGUGAGGAAGUCCCACAAGAGAACCCUGAUAACCAUGAAAUUCCUGGUGAAGAGUACAUUUCCGAGGAUUGGAAUCCAGUAGAAGGGAGUUCCGGAACUACGGAUUCAAUAAAACCUUACCAGGACCGAGAGAAUAAUUCGGAUGUUGGAAUUCAGGCUUCAAAUAGUGUGAGUUCCGAUAACUAUGUGGUUGUGGGCUCCUCUGAAAGUGAGGUAAAUGGAGAAAAAAAACUUAAAAUUGUUGUAAGACCUUUAAAUGGUAGGGAUUUGACAGUAGAAGCUUCUCAAACUUCUACAAUUCGCCAAUUAAAAGUUUUGAUAGAGGUUCAGAGUGGAAUUGAAGCAAUCAACCAGCGUCUGAUCUUCAGAGGAAGAUGUAUGUUGGAUGAUGAUACUGUUGGUGCUUAUAUCAAAGAGGAUGGUGUAAUAAUUCAUUUGGUUCCUUAUGCAAGGAAUCAGAGAAAUGAGAGCUCAGCUCAGUCUACUUCUGAGUCUAGGCCAAGAGCUUCGGGAGUAGGAGGAGCAACAGGUAACGUCCACAAUCUGUUUGCUGCUGCAUCUGGAAUGCCAGGUUUGAACACAUCAAUCGGAGGAUUUCCUGGUGCAAUGAUGUUUGGAGCAAUUAGACUAGAUGGCGAGACUGGGCUCCCCAUGGAAGCUGAAGAUUUGAUGCAGAGAGUGUUAAGAACUUUUGGAGAUGCUGUCAAUGGUAACGGACUAGACCCAAAUUCAGUAGGUGCUUCUUCAGGAACUGGAGACAAUAGAAACAUAAGCUCAGUAACUUUUAAUUCAUUUGGGAUUGGCCAGCCUUCAACAAUUUCAGGGUUAUCAGGACUUGUCUCCAGCACUGAAAGAAGAAAUACGGACACUUUUCCAUCUAACAAUGAGACCAGAAGAAACAGUACAUCCACCUCAAAUGGUGUCUCAACUAAUAAUGCUGCAAAUUCUUCAAGUACAAAUACAGGAACUGAAAACAGAGGUAGUUCAAAUAUUGGUGGUUCUAAUAUUGACCAUACUGGAAGCAAUACAGAGCGCCGAUCCAGCAGCAACUCAGCACAAAAUCACGGAAGUUUUAGAGGCAGCAAUGGAGAAGGUGCUAGAGGUGAUCCAAUGAAUAGUAAUCCAAUUGGGAGGAUCGGAACCAUAGUUUCCAGAAUUUUCCAGGCCUUUAACCAACCAGUUGGAGAGGUCAUCCAAGAAGGAUCCACCAGGUCUGAGGGUAGGGAUAGCCAGGCUGGAGCUGGAAGAGGAACUGGAACUAGGACUAAUGCUGGUUCCAACACUAAUCUCGGUUCUGGAAAUACUAAUACAGGAACUUCUGAGAGAACUUCAAGAAACACCUCCCAAGACACAAGAGGAAGAGUUAUCGCAACCCCAGCCUCAGGUCUAAGCUGGACUCAGAUUGCCUCCUCUGGAGCUCUUAAUACAGCUAGGACAGGUGUACUUCCUAUAGGGCGUCCAGGGUUGGCAGUUGCAACAAUUCCCAUUUCUAAUUUUUCAAUUCCAAUCACAAUUAGAGCAACUUCUUCAGCAGGAAUCCCAUCUAUAAAUCUUUCUCAGAACUCAAAUGUAAUAGCAAGCGGAGCUACAACAACCUCCCAAGGGGAGCCUGACUCGGGGAGGGUUCCACAUGAUACUGGGAAUGCCACAGAAUCAAGUUCAAAUGUAUCAGAAGCUUACAGAACCUCCUCAGACAACUUCUUUAAGAAUAUUUCAAAUGUACUAGAAGAUUCAGCAAACCAGCUUCGAACGGUUGCAGCAGGAAUCAGAGAAAUGAGUGGAUUAGAAUGCACAAAUGGAAGGGAACCGAAUCAAGAAAGCUUUUCUGCCUUGCCUCCAAUUCCUUCGAACGUGAGUAGCAGAAGUGUUUCAGGAGAAAAUUUAGUUCUAGGCCAAGCUUCAGACUAUAUUCAGCACCACUCACAUAGACUGUAUAUAUCCAAUGAGGUGGUUCAUAGGUUUCUCCCUUGGGAUUCUCUUAAUGAACUAAUGGACGUUUUAGAAAGGGACUGUGGCUGGAGAAGACCAAGAAUUACGAUCCCCCCUCCUAUAGACUCUAUGGAUUCUGGUCCAUUAGCAAUAUUCAUAUCAGUAUAUCUUCAAGCUAUGUCAAUAGUUCAAUCAAAUCUAAUGCAGAUACAAGCGUGGCAGGAGAGAUUUGCUAGACUAGAUAUCCCAAGACUUUGCUAUACAGUACACUUACUUGCACUUAUCUCCCACAUUUCGGCUCAUCUUGGCUCACUUUUGGCUUGGUUGUUCCAAAACAUGGCACAAUAUGUUGAGCAAGACAGGCUCAUUGAAGGCUUACAAUGGAACAGGUCUAGUAAAGACGGAGAGAAUUCUGGAGCCUUAGAAAAUGAUGGUGCUCCAGAGGUUACUAAAAGAAUAAAUAUAGAUGAGGAACCUUCAACUGAAUUGAUAGGAGACUCUUUAAAUAACGCUAAUUUGGAACAAAACAGCUUAGAUACUCAGAAUAACACUAUAGGCGGAGUUGAAAUGCUUGAAAGAAGUGACUCCAGUCUUGGUAUUAAUAAUGCUAACGCAAAUUCAUCAUCUAAUCUAGGCCCUGAUCUUAGCAAUGAAAUAGUAAUUAAUCAACUUCCUAAAGAAAUUAGAGAAAAGUGGGAAAGAUGGACUGGGAACCCACAGAACUUCUCUAGAAAUGUAUUUGCUUCCUUCUCUACCAGACCUUUCAGUGAUACCUACCAACAAGGUGAUGUGUUUUCUAGUAGCUCAAGUUUUGGCUUCCAACAGCCUUCUAACGAAAGUGCAAAUGUGUCAAGUGGUAGAAUUAAUAGUCAUCCCACUACACAAGAACUUUUAAGAAUGAUUAUUCACCAAACAGAGGCUAACUUGAACAUUAGCGGUUCUUUAAACUCUCGUAAUUAUACAAAUAUUCAGAACGAGUAUCGUUCAAUGCUUAUCAGAGACUUAAUCAAUAUCGCGAGGAAUGACUCAGAUUUUCUUAAUGAUCGAAGCAGAUUUCCGUAUUUACAAAGAAUAAUUUCCCUUUUAUAUGAGUAA